UCUUUAUUGAUCGAUUUUGUUUUUCUUCAAAAAUCUUCGAAUCAAUCAAUCAAACAAACAAACAAUGUAUAAUGAAAAACAACAAAUGGAAUCAGAAAUAUCCAAACCAAUACGAAAAUUAAGUCGUAAACAAUUAUUAUAUCAACGACGAUCACAAACAACACCAUAUUAUAUGUUAGCAUCAUUAUCAUCAUCAUCAUCAAAUUCAACACUUCCAACACGUUUUCCAAUACGUACAAUAAAAUCAUUAAAUUUUUAUUGUUUAUCCAAAAUAUUUGAUUAUAUUGAUUUUAAUGAUUUAAUAAAUUGUCAAUUAGUUUGUUCAUUUUGGAAUGAAUGUGUUAAAUUUCAUUUGGCUAAACGUACAUAUUUUGCUUAUGGUAAACAAUAUAAUUCAUUGAAUCAACAUAAUAAUGAACAAGUUGAUGAACAAAUUGAUAAUCAAAUUCAAUCAAUAUCAUUACCAUUAAAUACAUAUUAUUCAUGUGAAAAAUGCCAGGCUAUUAUGAAUGAAAAAAUUUCUUUUGAUCGUGAUGAACAAGGAAAUUAUGCUGAAUCAAAAAGUUCUGGUCUAUCAUCAACAACAACCAGUGAAAAUUUAAGUUCAAGUUCAAGCCUUUCAGCAUCACAAACAAGUUUAACAUCAUCAUCCGAUUCUGUUAUCGAUCUAUUGGAUCACCGAAAUAAUUUCAAUGAUUAUCGUUGUGCAGAUUGUCAGGCUAUUUAUGAUGAAUUAAAAACAUCAUUUCAAACAAAAACUGCUGAUAAAAGCAACCAAAUACGACAAAAUUAUAACGAUGAUUAUUAUACCGAUAUAAUUCGUUUAAAUAUAUUUGAACGAAUCCUAUCUAAAUUACCAAAAUUACGAAUAUUAAAAUAUGCUGAAGGGUAUCGUUAUGGUUUAAAGCAUAAUUUUUUAGAUGUAUAUGGAGUAAAUCUAAUACUACGAACAUAUCGUCAUUGUCCACAUCUAAUCAAUAUUGACCUGUCCAAUUGUGUUGGCCUUACCGAAUCAGAUUUCUAUCAAUUGACAAAAUAUUAUGGUCAACAAUUAAUUUCCUUGAAUGUUUCUGGUUGUCGUAUUGAUGAAAAUUGUUUACGUUUGAUUAUAAAAUCAUGUGAUAAAUUAAAUUAUUUAAAUAUUGCAAAUAAUUUUUGUCGUUUACAAGGAACAUGUUUAGAAUGGAUUUCCGAUCGUAUUGAAACAAUUGUUUCGGAUUAUAAUCAAAAUGUACGUGUUUUGGAUGGCCUAUUGCAAGGAAAAGGACGAAAUAUUAUUGAACUUGAACUAAAUGUUGGAUAUUGUUUUAAUCCAUCAAUGCCAUAUAAAAUAUUGGGAAAUCAUUUUCAAAAUUUAAUUUCAUUAAAAAUUAUAUUCAAAAGUUUUGGAAAAUAUAAACAAGGAAUUUUCACACAUUUAGCUAAUCUAAAAGAAUUAGAAUGUCUGUAUCUGAUCGAAGAAAUUGAUGAUUUUGAUUCGGAAAGUUCCCUAGAUGAUUAUUCAAUAUUGGAAAUAUUAAAAUCAUGUGGUUUAAAAUUUCGUGAAUUAUAUCUGCAUGCAGCAUCAUCAAUAUUUGGUUGUCGUUCAUCAUUAACUGAUUUAUCAAUCAAUAAAAUUGAUAUUUAUUGUCCAUUAUUAGAAGUAUUUUCAAUAAAACGAGCAUCGAUUACUGAUCAAAGUUUGAAUGCAAUUGCACGAUUAAGGAAUGCCUAUACUGUUCAAUUAAUCGAUUUAGAAUAUAUUAGUGAUAAAGGUAUUCGGCAAAUUAUGACAUCAUUUCGUAAAAAUGAAGAUCAACAUAAACAAAAAUUACGAAAAAUUUGUGGUAUCGAUAUCGAUGUUGGACGUAAUGGACCAAAUAUUGAACAAAUCAAACGAAACUAGCCAAUUAAUUUAAUUUUCUUAUUUACCACAUCAAAAAUAUGUGUGUUGUAUGUUGUAAUCCAUCAAUCAACCAAUCAUUAUCAUUAUA